UUAUGAUAACUAUUGCGCACGACACAAAGUAAAAUCAAUCAAAAUUGCGUGAAGCAGAUUUUUUUCUCACAAAAUGUAUUUUGACUUUUUUUUUUUAAUAAUAUUCACAGUUUGUGAAACAAAUUUCUAGAAUAUUCAUAUUUCAAUGGCUAGUCGACAAGUUUUGGUGAUUCGAAAUCUACCAUCAGAUUUAUCUGAUGCAAAUAAAGAAGAUUUACUUAGACAUUUUGGUGCAAUAUCAGUUAAAAUUGUUACAUCUAAACGAAAACCAAUUGUUUUUGCAAAAUUUGAAACUGAAGCGAAGGCACGAAAUGUAUUGUUUCGUUUACAUCAACUUGAAGUAUUAGGAAAUCGUUUAGUCGCUGAAUACGCUAAAGAAACAGUGAAUUUAGCUGAUCCACGUAUUGAUAAAAUCUCAACCGAUAAGAGUACCGAUCAUGGUAAAGAAUAUUUUAAGGAAUUUAUAAAUAAAUUAAAUUCAUGGAAUAGUUCGGUUGAUUUUCAUCAACCUCCUCCACCUCAUUUAAAAUAUAUUUAUCCACGAGCGAAUGUAGCAACUGUAAAUAAUAUAGCACAUGCUCUGGCAUCAGUGCCAAAAUUUUAUACUCAAGUGUUACAUCUAAUGAAUAAAAUGAAUUUACCGCCACCGUUCUCGAAUAUACCGGAUCCUCCAGAGCUACAAAUUCAACAAAUGUCUCAACCAAGUGAAUCACAAUCAAAUGAACCACAAAUCGAACCUCAACCAAAAACAAGUAGUGAAUCAGAACUUGAAAGUGAUCCAGAAGAAUACAAACUAGAUGAAAAUAUUCCAGUAAAACGAAAACUUUCUCAACAGAAAAAACAUGUUAAACGACCGAAAUUUAUUAAACCGCAACCAACUGUUGUUAAUCCACAAAAAUCGAGCCAAAUCAAUACCGAAGACUUAUUUGAUAAAGUUGAAUUAGAACCAAGCCAACGUAAAAUUGAGAUGAAAGUAAGCGCGGAUUGUGUUGAAAAUAUUAAACAAAAUAAAUCAGAUAUGAUCGAAGACUCAGAACAAAGUUCAUUUAUUAAAAUAAAUCGGGUCAAAUUAGCUGAAGUGAAAGAAGAUUUAGAUGCAAUCAAUAGUUCAAUUAAAGCAGCGGAGAAAACAGGCGUAAUUAGUGAAAAAGAAUUAAAUGCAAAUAAAAUAUCGGAAAAAGAUUUUGAUCAUUUACCAGUUUUUAAAAAUUAUCAUGCUGGUGCCCCAAGUUGUCGACUUUAUAUAAAGAACUUAUCGAAAAAUAUUACGGUCGAUGAUUUAAAUUAUAUUUACAAACGAUAUUUAGAUGAUAACGAGGAACAUUCGAAUAUGUUUGAUAUUCGAUUGAUGCAAGAAGGUAGAAUGAAAGGUCAAGCGUUUGUAACGUUACCCACUGUAGCGUUAGCAAAACAGGCUGUACAAGAAACAAAUGGUUAUAUACUUAAGGAUAAACCAAUUUGUGUUGUUUUUGCGAGAUCAGCUAAGACUAAGUAAUUUGGUUUAAAGGGAUCCUCUGUUUUCCUUCCUUGAGAACAACCUGUCACCCGAAGGCGAGUUGUCUCCGGGUAAAGUGGCUAUUUUAAUCAGACAGGCACCAUGCAGAAAGCCUAUUCCUUCUCCGCCGGGAUUUCUUCCAGAAUCCAAGGUUUCGGACUCAAAAAUUCUAAGUAAGUCCUCCAUAAAGGCCCCGCUAGUGGAAUCAUCUGAGAUUUCCAUAUUAUGAAGGUGGUAGGUAAUUCAAUCAAGUAGUUCUUCUCUACUGUGUUCUAGUAAGUUUCAGGCGAGCACCCCGAAUGGCGUAAUUGUGUUUAUACACAGUUUGUCCUGUCGCAUGCUCUGCGCAAAGCCCCCCCCAGUAAUCGAGAUAGGAUUGUCAUAGCCAUUCUUGAUACGGUAAAUUACGGAACAUCUUACUGUGGGAAUGGCUAGUUCAGUUAAAAAAGGUGUGCGUUUGAGACGCUCCGCUCGUGCCAACGAACCCUCUGCUUUAUCUCCUUUAACGCCAAAGUGGCCCGGAUGUAAUUUGCCUUAACAAAUAACAUAUAAUAAUUCUUAAACGUAUUUUCCAGUUUUUUACGUAA